CUAUAAAAACCGUAGCAGUAUGCAACUUGCCCGUAGGUUCUGACGACAGAUCGCCGCGAGCAGUCCACUCCUGGAAUUAUCCCGAAAAAAUUAAAAAAAACACAUAUAGGGAUAUAUACCGGACACCAACAACAACACCAACAGUAAAAACUACACAAUGGAGAGUUUACAAUCAUUGGGACCGCAUUUUGCCGCACUGUCCAAUGGAUCAGUCACAGACAAGGUGACGCCCGAUAUGGCGCACUUAAUUCAUCCAUACUGGAAUCAAUUCCCGGCUAUGGAUCCCAUUUGGGCGAAAAUUUUAACGGCGUACAUGAUCAUUAUCGGUUCGAUUUCAUGGUGUGGAAAUGGCGUGGUGAUUUACAUCUUCUCGACAACGAAAUCGUUGCGCACACCUGCUAACCUACUAGUCAUCAAUCUGGCGCUCUCCGAUUUCGGCAUAAUGAUCACGAAUACGCCAAUGAUGGGAAUUAAUUUGUACUUCGAGACCUGGGUAUUGGGGCCGGCUAUGUGUGAUCUGUAUGGCGGCCUGGGGUCGGCCUUUGGUUGCAGUUCCAUCUGGUCGAUGUGCAUGAUCUCAUUGGAUCGUUAUCAAGUCAUUGUCAAGGGUGUAGCUGGCCGACCAAUGACCAUUAAAUUGGCGCUAAUGAAAAUCGCCUUCAUCUGGGCAAUGAGCAGCAUUUGGACUUUGGCGCCAGUGUUCGGCUGGAGCAGGUAUGUGCCUGAGGGCAAUUUGACUUCAUGUGGCAUUGAUUAUUUGGAGCGCGAUUGGAAUCCACGAUCAUAUCUGAUCUUCUACUCCAUCUUCGUCUACGUUAUGCCGCUGUUCUUAAUCUGCUACUCCUACUGGUUCAUCAUUGCUGCUGUAUCAGCUCACGAGAAGGCCAUGCGUGAACAGGCCAAGAAAAUGAAUGUCAAAUCUCUGCGCUCCUCUGAGGAUGCCGAGAAGAGUGCCGAAGGAAAACUAGCCAAGGUGGCGCUGGUCACCAUCUCACUGUGGUUCAUGGCGUGGACACCAUACUUGGUGAUCAACUGCAUGGGCCUAUUCGAAUUCGAGGGAUUGACCCCACUUAAUACCAUCUGGGGCGCUUGCUUUGCCAAAUCGGCCGCUUGCUACAAUCCCAUCGUAUACGGCAUCAGCCAUCCUAAGUACCGCUUGGCGCUGAAAGAAAGGUGCCCAUGCUGUGUGUUCGGCAAGGUCGACGAUGGCAAGUCCAGCGAUGCUCAAUCGCAAGCCACCACCAACGAAUCAGAAACCAAGGCAUAAAUGGUUGGAGUGUGUGUACCCGCACUCAGCGAUACUAAUGACAGCAACAAAUUCAGUAAAAACAGCAUCAACAGCAACAAGAUUGAAAAUAACAACAGCAAUAACAACAACAACAAUGGGAAAAACUUGCAGCAACAGAACGAAACGCUUUCGAUCAACAAAGAAAUGCAAUUCUUUUAUAGGGGAAAGAGCGAAAAUCUUGUAUAUGAGUAUAAUUAUUUACUUACAUAUAUAAACAAUAAAGUGCAACGUCAUCAAAGACUUAAAAAAAAAAAUAAACAAAAAAAUAAAACAGCAAACGAACUUGUAAAAAGUUGAUAAAAAAAUAUGGUUGUCUUUUAUGUU